UGCUGGGAUUUGAACUCCGGAGACUUGUAAUCUAAAGCGAAGUGCUUUUCGAAAAAAAAUUCAAUUUUCCGGACAAUGAGGGUGCUUUGUUUUGUUUUUCCUUUUUGGUAUCUUUGGAAGGCCCCCUCUUAGAAGUUUACUGACCCAGUUUAAAAGAAAAGAAUUGCAAGUUGCUUAAUAGAAAUGACUCAAAUUUAGGUGUGAGCUGUAUCUGUGAUAACUAAAGGAUUCGCGUACAGUGCUUUCUUUUUGGUCAGAAGAGAUGCCCUUGCUUAGCCAGAACCUUCGAAUGAAAUGAAAUGAGUGUCGGGGGUGGUUGAGGAGUAACCAGAGUGAAUCUUGUUUGCUCUUUAGAAACCAUCGAUGUAUCCGUCUCGAGACGUGACUCCUUUCGCUUCAGAGCUAUUCUGUUUUGUUUCUCCUUGCUUUGUUAAAUAUUUCAGCCUCUUUGUUAAAUUGUGCCUCACGUGUGGUAAGCGAGAGCUCUACGCCUCCGUUUUCACCAGCUUUUGAUAAUGUAUUCUGUACACGCUGCUCUAAAGAAAAACACGUGGUUCCAAGAAACCACUGGACUUCUGCCUCCACUUAAUGGGAAGCUCCUGUGGAGGUGGGGUAGUGCUAACCCUGGUGAACUGCUUUUUGGAAUGUCCCAGUGGGAGCUCUGGGGUUGGAAGAUGAAAGAAACAAUUUGAGAAGAACGUGUUCCUCAGAUGUCUGCCAUUAAUAAAGCCCAGCUUCGUGUCUUACACCUGUAAUUCCAGCUCUUCAAAAGGCCGAGGGAGGAGGAUCACAGUUGCAAGGCUAGACCCUGGCUCAAAAACAGAGUUUUGGGAGUAUAGGUGCAAACAGCUGCACAGCAAGUGGCAGAGGAUAAAUUUGUUUUUGACUUGCCUGAUUAUGAAAAUAUCAACCACGUUGUGGUUUUUAUGCUGGGAACAAUCCCAUUUCCUGAGGGCAUGGGAGGAUCUGUCUACUUUUCCUAUCCUGAUUCAAAUGGGGUGCCAGUGUGGCAGCUCCUAGGAUUUGUCACGAAUGGGAAGCCAAGUGCCAUCUUCAAAAUAUCAGGUCUUAAAUCUGGGGAAGGAAGCCAGCACCCAUUUGGAGCUAUGAAUAUUGUGCGAACCCCAUCUGUUGCCCAGAUUGGAAUUUCGGUGGAAUUGUUGGACAGUCUGGCUCAGCAGACUCCUGUAGGCAGUGCUGCUGUGUCCUCGGUUGACUCCUUUACACAGUUCACACAGAAGAUGUUGGACAACUUCUACAAUUUUGCUUCAUCAUUUGCUCUUUCUCAGGCUCAGAUGACACCAAAUCCAUCAGAAAUGUUCAUCCCAGCAAAUGUGGUUCUGAAAUGGUAUGAAAACUUUCAAAGACGACUAGCACAGAACCCUCUCUUUUGGAAAACAUAAUUUGAAUAAAAUAACUUGUCAUGUAAAAGCAUGAAGUCAAAAGGGUCAUGAAACCUACCUUUCAAAAAAAAAAAACCUGCUUAGUGACUAUGAGACUUAUAAAAACCCUUAUAAAAAUUAGAACCAUUGAAUGAGGAAAAUGUUCAAUAUUAAUUACCUUCUCCCUUAUAAGUGUGACAUACUUCUUGGAGGCAAACAUUUUGUAUCAACUGUCAUUCAUUUCUUAAAAUAAACCCUACUCACAGUAGUAGUAGUUGAAAUACCAUU